AUGUGGAAAUGCGUGCUUGGGGGAAAAAGGCGAUGGAUAGGGAUUACUGGAGAGAAAUUCUUAAGGAGACUAGGACCCACAUGGGGUUGUAAAGCCAUAAUAAUGAUGGUAGCAGUAGGACAAUGCUUGCUUAAAUUAGGAGACAUCAACAAAGCUCAAGAAUACGCUCAGAAAGCUGUCCAAGCCGGAAGUCACGAAUUCUGUUUCGAGCUUUUAAUAAAAAUAUUAAUGCUACAAAAGGAAGUUAAAGCAGCAGUCGCUGUAUCAAAUGCUGCCGUAGAGUAUGUAUAA